AUGGCGGGUCACAAGAUCUCAGGUUACGUCUUGAGCCUUUGGCAGGUGCUGUUUGCUACUUUCAGGAAAGUGUUCACCCGCCUCUUUCACAUUAUCUUUUGGAGCAACAGGAAAAACAACAAAAACAACAAAACUUUGCCUGAUCAACAGCAACCAGCUGUCGGCAGUGAAGAGUCGACGCCUGCUGCUGCACUUGAGCCUGCACCGGAAACAACAUCACCUGGCACUGAUCGCCAAGCAACGCAGUCCUCGUCUGCAAACGCUACCAAUCCAUCACUUGCUACUGCUGCUCCUCCAUCCCACCUGAGCAACCCACCGGAUCUCGAAAAGGGAGACGCACAAUCAGGAAAACAGCACCAGGAACCACACCAACGGCAAGAAGAGCAAUUGGAUGAAGAAAUGGCCAAGCGCAGUAACAAACGCUCCGGCAUCAAGGCCAAUGGCGGCGCCCAGCCUGCCGGCACCAUUGCCAACACAUCUGAUGCUCAGCAACGAGACAAGGAGAACAUGGGCCCUGGCAAAUCACUGAACCAAACCGCCACUACAACGUCGUCUUCUCUUGCUGAACCCACCAAGGUCCCUCUCGGCACGUCUGGCCAGGUCAACACCGUGGACACCAGGGGCCGUCCUCCGCAGUCCGACAUUCAAAAGCUGAACGGGGCAAGGCCGUCAAGUGGUAUUUCUGUCCAGCCAUCCUCAUCUACCACUUCGAGCAUUUCCAACAACCGUACUGAUUCCGCCCUGGGAACAUUGACUGCUGCCGGAUCUCAGACGCCUGUCGAAACCAAUGUCACACCAACAGAGCGCAAGUUUGAGAAGCUGGGAGCGGGUAGCCACAGCCAGAUCGGCGCACAAACCUCCGACUCUGUACGUAAUGAUGAUCCAACUGCAGCCAGAACGGACAGCACCGCACCUCUUGAUGCCCAGGUCAAGAAAGCCACUGCCGCCAUCGGCCGUCUUGCCAUUGACGACAACACACCUGGACCCGAAAAGGAACUCACCAAGGACACGGCAGCCGUCGAGGCAGCUGGUGUGCCUAUCGUUGCCGCCAAUGCCAAUCCGGGUCAACCUCUGAUUGCACUCAAGCCGCUUGCUCCUUUGGUGACGCCCCCUAGUCAGGUGCUCCCUGGCUUGAUCGAGCCAGAUACCGAGGAGGGUAAGAGAGAACGUGCUAUCCAUCUCAACUUUAUGAGAGAAGCUUUGGCUAUGGGUGACGCAGCUUUAUCUAUCAAUGAGACCCCCGUCGGAUGUGUAUUGGUUUACAAGAAUCGCAUUAUCGCAAAGGGCAUGAAUGCCACCAACAUCACGCGCAAUGGCACACGCCAUGCCGAGUUCAUGGCCCUGUCUGCACUUCUGUCUCAUCAAUCAGAUGCCGACGUCAAGGACGUCGCGGAUCAUGAUGACGCUUUGUGGGGGGAUGUCGAUCCGGCUGACGGCCAUAUCUAUCCCUAUGGGCAGAAGCUUCAUCCUUCCCCCAAGGUUGAUCGUUCUAUCAUCUCAGAGUGCAUUCUCUACGUGACAGUUGAGCCAUGCGUCAUGUGCGCCUCGCUACUACGACAGCUUCGUAUCAAGAAGGUGUAUUUUGGAGCCGUCAAUGACAAAUUCGGUGGCACAGGCGGUGUUUUCCGCAUUCACAUCAACUCAAAGCCUGUCGUCAAGGCCAGCAGCGACAAACCGUACCAGAAUGGCUUUGGCCCGCAGGAGAUUGAGCGCGCAGCCGCACAACGUGGCAGAGCAGCCAUGAUGCCUCGUGACGAGGAUGAUGGUGAUGGAGGCAACGUUGAGCCGGGAUACCCCGCCGAGGGAGGAUUCUUGCGUGAUGAGGCCGUUUCUCUCCUCAGACGCUUUUAUGUACAAGAAAACGGCAGAGCUCCUCAGCCUCGCAAGAAGGAAGGGCGGGCUGCUCGAUUAUUUGCAAUGGAGAACGCAGCAGCCAAUGGUGGCGUUGUCAUGACUGAUGCGGAUGGCAACAUCGUACAUGACCCGUCUGGCACGGGCACCGCGACGCCCGUCGAUGGAGAGACCACUCCCGUUAUGGCUGCAUGA